AUGGCUUCGACUCGUCUCUUAUACGUUGUGGCUGCUAUGGCCAUUAUUUUUGAAUUAUCGUCUCCUGUAGUAGGUUCUCUGCAUGAAGUAAUGAAGCGGAAUGUGGCAAAGAGAUGGUGCAUUGCAUAUCCAGGCGCGAAUCUUACGCAUCUACAGAUCGACAUGGGUUACAUAUGCGCGACGAUUGAUUGCAGCUCAAUACGACCAGGUGGAUCAUGCUAUGAACCAAAUGAUAUAGUAAGCCAUGCUUCUGUGGUAUUCAAUCUAUAUUACAAGGCUCAUUCUUCUCAGCCCAAUGCUUGCUACUUCGGUGGCGAUGCAAUGCUGUUCUUAUCAGAUCCCUCAUCAGGAACUUGCAUCUACCCGUAA